AUGGUGUGUCCUGCCACAGCAAAAACCAUUAUCAGAGAGACCCCUGAAAAUCUAACACAUUCUAUUGCAUUUACGAGAGUGGACAUCAGAGAAGGACAAUUUGAAGUUACAAUCUAUCAAGUAAGAUGUGGGCAUGGAAUUCGAGGAAUAUGGAAACAUUAUUAUGCUGAAUCAUACGGAGUAAUAUUUGUGGUUGAUUCCAGUGAAGAAAGGAGGAUGGAAGAAGCUCGUGAAAUACUUACUCAUAUUAUAAGACAUCCCAGGAUUUCAGAAAAGCCUAUAUUGGUAUUGGCAAAUAAACAAGAUGAAGAAGGAGCAUUAACAGAAACAGAGAUAAUUGAACGUUUAUCUCUAGAAAAACUUGUCAGUGAACAAAAAUGUCUGUGCAAGAUAGAACCUCUAUCAGCGGUCUUGGGUUUUGGAAAGAACAGUGACAAAUCCAUAAGAAAUGGUCUUUAUUGGUUGCUGUGUAGCAUUGAAAAAGACUUUGAUGCAUUAAAGGAGCGAGUUGAAAGAGACACAAUUGCUCAACAAGUUUUUGAGGACAUGGAGAAACAGGAACGAGCUGAGCAAAUGAGGCAACUCCAAAGACAAAGAGAACAGACGGAGAAAGAUCAUACUACAGAGCAUGGUCCCUUUGAUAGAGAAAAUGAAACUGAUGUGGAUAAAGAUAUAUUUAUUGACUGUUCUCUUCAGUCCAUAGAUCUGGUGAUCCAGGAGGAUGAACAAACAAAGCAGAAUAUAGAUGAAGAGAUGACACCAUGCAAUGAACCCAAACAGUCUGAUACCCAGAGCCAGAUUAGCUUCAGGGAUGACUCAGAUUGUGGAUUGCAGAACCCUUAA